CUUUGCGUUGUUUGUACGGUGUGCGUUCAGCGUGCGCGGCUCUUAUGGUUGGCGCCUUUGGCAGCGCGAGUCCUUACUAAAGGAUAGUGCGUCUGUACCCCGUGGAUCCAAAGCCUCCAUAGGCCAAGUGAUGAGACAGCCCCCUCGUCUUUGCUGACGAUGACUCAUUACAGAUGCCUGGAGCUGCCCUGGUUGCUCCCAGUCCCCCCAGAAGCCGGUCUGAGGCCUGCUGCAAUGAUGCCCACUUCCUGGUUGCCUUCUUUAUGUGACCAGUAACAGAGAAUGGACAAGACCUGUGAAAUGAAAUACAAAAUCAUGGACAGCCCUUUGGGGAAGAUAGAGAUGUCUGCUUGUGAAAGCGGUCUGCACGGGAUAAGGCUGCUUGGCCAGAAGAUUCCAGAAGCCCACCCUGGCGUGGUCCCAGCAUCUCUCCAGGAAACAGUGGAGCCGCUGACCCAGUGUGCAGCCUGGCUGGAGGCCUAUUUCCAGGAUCCUGCCGCCAUCCAAGGGCUCCCCUUGCCUGCUCUCCACCACCCCCUCUUGCAGCGAGACUCCUUCACAAGACAGGUGUUAUGGAAGCUGCUGAAGGCUGUGAAAGUCGGAGAAGUGGUUUCUUACCAGCAAUUAGCAGCCCUGGCAGGCAACCCCAGAGCAGCGCGGGCAGUGGGCGGCGCCAUGAGGAGCAACCCCAUCCCCAUUCUCAUCCCGUGCCACAGAGUGAUCAGCAGCAGCGGUGCCAUGGGCAACUACACCGGAGGGCUGGCCAUUAAGCAGUGGCUGCUGGCCCACGAGGGGGCCAACCUGACGGUGCAGCUGCAGCCAAGCGGUGGGCACCAGGAGGUGCCAGCCAAGCGGAGCAUGCUCAGUGGGAGUAAAUAGCUGCGUGCACAGGGGCACGGCACUGUCGGAACGGGAGAGUGGUGGCCACACUGCAUUAAAAGCCAAGUGUCCUGGGGGACACAGCUAA